AUGAGUCGAGUAGUUGUUGAAGAUAAGAGCCAGGUGGUUCAGUCGGGAAUGAUUGAGCCACCUCCGGAGGUGAUGAGAGAUGUUGAGAAAGUAGCACAUAUGAUGAUCAGUAGGGGUUGGCAGACGCACCUGUCGACGUUCCAGAUUGCGAGAGAACUUCGGCUCAGAGGUCGCAGGCACUCAUGGAAGUAUCUCAAGUACAGCUUUUUGGAUGUCUCCGAUCCUUUUCACGCAUAUUUCCUGAAAGCGUGUAAGAAGUACAAGUACGCUUAUCAGGACAGAUAUGGGACUCUCAAACCUGACAUGAAUCCGUAUAACCGCACCGAUGUCGAGGUCCCUCCCUGCAGGAUCCGGCCUCCUCCUUUGAAGGGUUUUUCAGUUCCUCAAGGGAUCACACUCAAGGAGCUUGGUCUUAUCAAGAUCACUGCUCAGUUUGUGGCCCGGUACGGUGCGGAUCAUUUCUGGACUGUUAUUUCUGAAGAAGUGAUUGAGAAGCCUCUUUUUAGCUUUCUCAAGACGACUGACAAGAAGUACAGUUUCUACUAUGGCCUUGUCGCUGCGUAUCAAAGAGUCUUGAAGCCUCGCACCGUUCUUCAUACGGAGGAGAAUAGGUUUGCCGACUGCUUUUACCACUGUCUUCACUUGGACAAGCUUGAUGGUGGUGAUGAUGAUGAUGUUGUUGUUGAUAUUGAUUUGCACGCCUUUGUGGGUGGUCUUGAUUUUUUCACUCACAUGGACCUCCUCGACGACCCUCAAGUUACCAUCAUGCCACCACCCCAACCCGUUUCAGCUCUGCCGACCAUGCCUCCACUAACAUGUCGCGAGUCACGUGUAGCCGAUGAUGAAGAAGAAGCAGUUUAUGGGGCUGUGAGGCUCACACGCAAGGAGCUUGGCAUUAUGAAGCUCACAGCACAGUUUGUGGCGCGUUACGGACAGUGUUUCCGUCUUGCGUUGAUGAUGAGAGUGCUUACGAGCCCUACCUUUGGGUUUAUGUUUUGCCCCAAGUAUCAGUUGGACUUAGAGGACCCAGCUGCGGCCAGGUUCCAGACAUUUGGCGUGCUUGUUGUUGCGUAUUCAAACAUAUUACUCCCUUGCAACAAGUUUGAUGACUCUCCAGCCACCCUUGUUGAUGCCUUUUUCCUCCGUCUUCGAGGAGUGGAGGAGACGACGACAACGAAGGAGGCUCUGCUUGAUUUGCAUGCCUUUGUGGCCGGUAGUGUUGACUAUUUUGCACACAUGCAGGAUUAUAACUAUUCUACUAGCAUGGCGCCACCUGAACGUCUUUCGGUUGUGAUGAACCGGCCUACACAUAGUACUGUGCUUGUGCGGCUUUCAUGGGCCCCUAUGCAUGAACGUGUUGCAAGCCGUCUUCCAUACCCCACGUGGUCCGUCCUUAAACAUGCAAUUCCUCCAUGGAUCACACCCGAGGAGCUUGCGAUCACCAAGCUCACAGCCCAGUUUACGGCGCGGUAUGGGACUUGUUUUGAGCGGGCGUUGAUGAGCAGACUGUCUACGGAGCCUCGGUUCGACUUCAUGAGGUUUGAUGAAAUCAAGGGAGAAGCUUUGCGUGGGUUUCGUAGGGUCUACUCCGCAGUGUUAAAGCCUUGCAAAAAGGCCACGGAAGGUGGUAGUGAUGAUGAUUGUACGGCCACGGAAGGUGAUGAUGAUGAAUGUACGGCCAUGGCUCUUGAGUUGUUCUUCCACUGUCUUCAGUUGGAGAGGCUGAAAAAGGAGGGAGUGGAGACGACGACGGCUGUGAUUCAGUUGGAUGCGUUUAUGAGCGGUGUUGACUAUCUGGCUUACAUGAAUAAGAAUCUUGACUAUUACGCUACCCUGCCUCCACCUCAACGUCUUUCAGUGAUGAUAACGAGCCAGGUUCCUCCUGAUGGUGUUCGACUAAGACCUCUCUUGUCUCGUCCCUCUAUACGUCUUCGCAAGGACCUCACACCCAAGGACCUUGUUGUUAUCAAGCUCACAGCUCUGUUUGCGGCGCGGUAUGGGAUGGUAUUCUGUCGGGAUUUGUUGAGGAAGCUGGUGGUUUUGAAAGCCGAGUAUAACUUGUUGUUUAAGUUUAUGGAGCCAAGUGAUACAUGGUUCAAGCUUUACGGUGUGGUUGUUGCGGCGUAUUCCAAAGUAGUAAAAGAGCAUGCUUAUGCGGAAGAGAUCGUUCUUGAGUAUUUUUUCAGCUGUCUUGAAUGGGAGGAGGGAGGAGAGACGGCUAUGGUUGUUGAUUUGUAUGCUUUUGUGGAGGGUGUUGACUGUUUCGCUCAGAUUGAGGAUGGUAACUAUUCUGCUCUCAUGGGGAACCACCUAGUAACACAAAUAAGUAUGCAUGGGAAUGUCUUGUCGCCACCACAGCCAAAGAGACAAAAGCUUGACGAGUAA